AUGUCAGAUACACCAGGAUCCACAUCCCUGGGACCGGCGCCCCAAGGUUCAUCACCAGCGCAAGCUCCUUCGCCGAUCGCCCAGGGACAAUUGGUCGCAGAUGACGAUGAUGCUGUUAGGAGGUAUCACGGCUACCAUGAUGGCUCAUACAUGGUGCCAAACGACGAAGUCGAGCAAGAGAGACUGGAUCUCAUGCAUCACAUCUUCCGAAUGAUGAUCAAUGGAGCACUGUUCCUUGCGCCAAUAUCUAAAAACGUGCACCGGAUUCUUGACAUCGGUACAGGUACCGGACUCUGGGCCAUUCAAAUGGCAGACGACUUCCCUUCUGCUAUAGUUAUCGGAACAGACCUCAGCCCGAUCCAGCCGUCGUGGGUACCACCAAACUGUAAAUUCUACGUGGACGACGCAGAGGGGACAUGGGAUUUUGAACAUAAGUUUGACUAUAUCCACGGUCGAGCGUUGUGUGGUGGCAUCGCCGACUGGCCGAAGUUUUACAGGGAGGCGUUGCAGAAUUUGGAGCCUGGAGGCUGGUUAGAGAUGCAGGAGCAUGAAUCUUGGGUCAAAUCCGACGAUGGGACUGUGAAGGACGCAGUCUGGACCAACGAAUGGAACGAACAACUAGAUCGUGCGAGUUUGGCUUUUGGUAAGAGAUGGAACGUCGCGGAGCAGCAUGUCGGUUGGAUCCGAGAUGCAGGGUUUGAAGAUGUUCAGGAAGUCAUCCAUAAGGUGCCAAUAGGGCCUUGGGCCAAGAAUCCAAAGCUCAAAGAGAUGGGAAGAUACCAGCUGCGCAAUAUGACUGAGGCUGUGAAUUCCUUCACACCAGCAACCUUUGCUCGGAUGCUGGGUCAAUCGCCGGAGCAAAUACAGGUCCUCAUGGAAGGAGUCAAAAGGGAGUUCGCGAAUUACAGAAAAUUGCAUUUAUAUGUGGCCUACCAUUUUAUCUGGGCGAGAAAGCCGAACACUAUCACCUCUUAG